AUGUUUCACCCCAGCUACGCCCCGCCGGUUCCGCUGGACUUGGAAUCGGGCGCCGAGCGCAAGUCGGCUCCGGCCGGCACCGUCCUGCCGUCCCUCGCUGGGCGCCUGCCGCCGGAGUUCUUCGAGCGCCAGCACUUCACCGACGAGCAGAAGCUCCUGUGGGACGAGCUUGUCGACAUUGUCGAGCAGAUGUUCACCCUGCCCAAGAUCCCCCCUCGGCUGACUGGGCGUCUGCACCAAAUCGUCUUCCGCAUCACCGGCAUCUUUGACCUGGAUCGCUUGCAAACCAACGUCCGCGAGCGCCAGGCCUCCCUGCGGUUCAUGGUUCUCUGCCUGGUGGAGACGCACCUGAAGAAGAUCCUGGCCCAGCUGGAGGCGGCCCCGGAUGCGGAUCUCCUGCAGGAGCUGACGCGCUCCUGGACCCAACUUCUGUCGAUCCUUUCCUCGCUGGGCUUCGCCAUGGCGCCGGUGCACGAUGUCAUCUCCCCGAGCCGGCUGUACCGGAUCAACUUCAUCUUCAACGAUACAAUCACCACGCUGAAACUCCUUCUUCCGCCGGCGCUCUUGGACCGGAUCUCCAACCGCAUUCUGCUGGAGCUGAUUGAUGUUCGCCAUAAGAAUGAGCCCUUUGACUUUAAUCACUUCUCCCUGAUGGUGGAUUUCCUGCGGAUACUGGACAAGCAUUCGACGGACAUCGAGGACCGGGACAUUCUGCCCCUGCCAGCGCCGCCAUCCCGGUCGCCCCUGCGCGCGCGGCUCUUUGAGGAGCACUUCCUUUCCACCACGUCGGCCUACCUGAAGGAGCAGCAUUCGCUGAUCUGCUCGGCCGAGCCAUCGGUCUACUUCUCCAAGGUGCUGGAAAUCUUCCGCAAGGAGGAGGAGAAGUUCAUUCUCCUCAUGCCGGAGACCAUCAAGGACCUUGAGUGGAUGGUCAUCAACAUUUUCUUCCCCAACAUGCAGCAGAUGCUGGACUUCCUGUUCGACACCCUGUGUCGGGUGGGCCCCUGCAAUGAUGCGGUUACCCUGAUUCGCCUGCUGGCCUUCCAGCCGGAGUCCGAAGAGCCGACCAAGCAGCGUGUCGAGGCGUGGAUGCACCAGCUUUGCGUGAAGACCUGCACUCCUUUUGUGGACAACUUCGCCGCCGUCCGGAGGGAUCCCCAAGAACUCCUCAUUGCCAUGUAUGAUGUGUAUCAGGGCGCGACCAGCGGCAUGAAUAGCGUCCCGAUUGAGGAGAUCAAAAUCGCCGUGCCCAAGACCUUCGGGCAUUUCAUCAACGAGGUGGCUUUCUCCCCGAGGGGGCUAUUUUCCCAGAGUCCCGAUUGCUCAUUCGCCAUCCUGGUGGCUGUGGCGCUGGACCGGUACAUUCGGACCUUCCCGACAGGCUCGCCAUUGCCGCCUGAGCAUCUCAAUAAUGGUGAUCCGCUCUCCAAGCAGAAGAACCCGAACGAGAUCGGUAAUAAGAUCAAGCGCCAGCAGGUAUACCGCCUGCAGAAGGCCGAGCGCAAGAAGGCAAAGGAGGAGAAGCGCAAGCGCUCCCGCGAGGAGGCUGCCGAGCUGGGUGAGAACGCCCCGGCCAAGAAGAUCCCCAAGACCCAGGACUCCGAGCGUGAGCACGACCCGACCACUGUCACCGAGACGCAGGAUGAGGUCGAGCAGGAUAAGCUUACCGACGAGUUUGCGGAUUACUACAACAGCCAGCGCAAGCCCAAGAUCCUGAUCACCACCUCCAAGAAGCCUGUCGGGAACACUUUCAAGUUCAUCGACGAGCUGCAGUCCGUCCUGCCGGAUGCGCACUUCUACGCUCGCAAGGGGUACAAGAUGCAGGAGAUCAUCAAGUUUGCCAACAUGCGGAACUUCACCGACCUCAUGGUCAUCCACGAGGAGAACAAGGAGCCGGACACCAUCACCAUGAUGCACCUGCCGUACGGGCCGACCGCGCACUUCCGCAUCUCCAACAUCAAGCUCUCGUCCGAGAUCACCGGCCACGGGACGCCCACCUCCCACAGCCCGGAGAUCAUCCUAUCCAACUUCACCACCCGCCUGGGGCACUCAAUCAGCCGCAUGGUGGGCUGCCUGUUCCCUCAUGAGCCUGGCUAUCGCGGCCGUCAGGUGGUCACCCUGCGCAACCAGCGCGACUACAUUUUCUUCCGUCGGCACCGCUACAUCUUCGAGGAUGAGGGAACCAAGGCCCGCCUGCAGGAGCUUGGCCCGCGCUUCACCCUGCGUCUACAGUGGCUCCAGAAGGGCACGCUCGACUCGCGCUUUGGGGAUUUCGAAUGGCAUCAUCGCUCGGAGAUGGACACCAGCCGCCGGAGGUUCUUCCUCUGA